AUGGCUCGUGCAAUGCAUCCAAGUCACCUGUAUGGCUGGCAGCACGUGUGCGCCGCAGUCUACUCUAAGGUGUUCAUCCCCUCUGAGGGCGAAGUCGCCGAAGUCUUGGAGAGGCAAGGCCAUGACAAUGUCCUCUGCGUGAUGUUGUCUGGAGAUAGGCUUGAGGACUACAGCAAAGCAGAGCUUGACCUCAGAGUGGCCGCUGGCGCCACGUUCCGCCACGAAACUGCUCACGUAGAAGUCUCGUGCUAUCGCCACAUCGCAAAGGAUGGGACAGCGCGGUUCGUCGUCCGCCCACGUCGGCGCGGUGCCACGGUCUCCUUCACAGUUGACAGCGAAAACUACCACGUCAAGCUCACUGAAGGCCGAGUGAUUUCGUCCACUUCUGCUUGGAUGCUGCGGCGGGUGGAAGAAGGUGCACGGCGAGCGUCGCGCGGAUCCACGACACGCAGGAAGCGCUGA